AAUGUUUAAUUCUUAAUAAUAAUACAUUGCAUUACCUUUUAGUCUUUGCAUUUCUCCUCCUCCUUCUCUUUCCCUUUAAUGCAUUUGCUAAAUAUAAAUGCAGAGGCAUGAACUAUGUUUAACGUAUUUUUUUUUCUUAUUAGUCUUACGAUAUUUGCCGCCGAAUUUCCCUAAUUGGGUUUUGGAAGAGAGCGCAAUCAAUUACCCAAUUUGGAUUUGAUAAUAUACAGGAAUGGACUCCGUAAUUUUCAAUUUGAUUGAUCUUUGAAAGGUAGAUAUAAAUAGGUCCUGAAAUAUUUCAAAUUAGAUUGUAAGAUCAAUAUGAGAUUAAUAGUAAGAAGAACAAGUCAUGGUUCAUAAGAAAGUAAUAAUCAUAGGUGGUGGUAUAUCAGGAGUGAAAGCUACUCUUGACUUAUAUAAUGGUGGAGUUCAAGAUACUUUGAUACUUGAAGCAAGAGAUCGUUUAGGAGGAAGGUUAUUAUCAAUUGAUUCUACCAAUAAUCAAAGUGGUGGAGAUGUCAAGUAUGAUCUUGGUGCUCUGUGGUUUCAUGAUAGUUUAAAUAAUCCAUUAUUUGAUAAAGCUCUUGCUAAAGGGAAUGUAUCAUAUUAUUAUGAUGAUGGUAAAAGUAUUUUCUUUUCACCUGAAGAUAAGUAUAUUGAACAUUGGAAGUAUGAUGCUGUCAUGGAAGAAAUCUUAACCUAUAUCAGUCUUACAUAUCAAAAUGAUCCUUUUAAACCAGAUAUAUCUUUGAAAGAAAUAUGUAACGAGUAUGUUUCCCUUUACAAAUCAAGAUUAACUAAUGAUCAAAUAAAAUAUGGUGUUUCAGUAGUGAGGAUGUGGGCUGAAUUAUGGCAUGGAGAAGAUUGGGAGAAACUUUCUGCAAAGUAUACUUUUGAUGGUUUAGAUCAUCAAGGUAGAAAUGUAUUUGUUAAGAAUGGCUAUAGAACUGUAUUCAAUAAUGAAUUAUUGGAAUUACCAGAAUCUUACCGAAAUAAUAAUAUCAAACUUAAUACUCAAGUGAGUUCCAUUAAUUAUACCAACAAGAAAUUAAUCACUAUAAUAACAUCAGAUAAGCAAGAAUUCACCUGUGAUUACUUAAUAGUUACCAUUCCUCAGAGUUUAUUAUUAAUUAAUGAUCCAAAGGAUCAACAAUAUAUCGAUUGGAAGCCAAUAUUACCUCCUCAUAUCAGUGAUAUAUUACCUUCUGUACAUUAUGGAUCUCUAGGUAAGGUUGUUUUUGAAUUCGAUACUAUUUUCUGGCCUAAAGAUGUUGAUAGAUUCUAUGCUUUAACUGAUCAUCAACCAAAUCAUGGAUCUAAUUAUAAACCAUGGGAUUUCCCCAGUAUAUUUGUCAAUUAUGCAGCUAUGGCACAAACUCCAUCUUUAGUAGCAUUAAUCCAAGCUCCAUUAGCAGCAUAUAUUGAAAACUUGGAUACUGAUCCAACUACUAAAUCUCAAAUUAUUUGGGAUUUAUUCAAACCACUUAUAGAAAGCUUUUCCAUAAUAAGUAAUAUCCCUGCUCCAACUAAUAUCUAUCAUACUCCUUGGACCAAUGAUAAGUAUGCUCGUGGAGCUUAUGGAACAGUUAAGAUUGGAUCAGGAGAUCCUGAACGUGUAACAGCAGCAUUUAUUGAAGGGAUUGAAAAUAGAAUUAAGUUUGCUGGAGCAGAAACCAUCGAUGGUAGCGCUAAUGGAUGUGCUCAUGGUGGAUGGUUUAGUGGUCAAAGAGAAGCAAAAUUCAUAUUAGAUAGAAUUAGUUCUGAAAAGCUUAAUGCUAAGUUAUGAUUAGAGUUAAUGACAUUAGUCUACAUAGUUAGUCAUGUAAAAGCAAUAUAAUAUACAUUGUAAUUUAUAUAAAUCGUUAGUAAAAGUGUUUAUGCUAUUCUAAAUAUAACUGUAAGGUUAGUAAGAUUGUCUUUUGGAAUAGUACCAUUCAGGUGCUUAUACUGAAAUGGUAUUCCUAAAAAGACAAAGACAAAGUCUUUCGAAAGAUAAUUCCAAAUUUUUUGCCAUCACUACGCCAGAUGGCAUUAAAGUUAAUAAUAUCUAAACCUAAAUAAAUCGUUAGAAUUUCACAUAACAUAUAGAAGUCUCUUGAAACUGAAAAAUCAAUAGAAUUUUAGCCAUCAUCCUAUC